GGUCAAGAAAGAAGAAAAAAGUAAGAAUACCCGAUGUCAUCAGGAGGAACUGUGGAGGCAUAAAAAGAAAGGUCAAGAAAGGAGAAAGUAUUCUUCUGGUUCAACCACACUAAGUAACUAUCUUUUUAUCAAUCAUUGAGCAGUACUGGCAGUCAGGCUGUGGGCAUGGCCAGAGUACAGUAUGCAGUUCUGCUCCUGACUAUAGCUUUAGCAGUGCAGGAGAGUCAUGGGAAACCAAAGGAAGUCAGGUGCAUUUCACAACCACCGUGUUUUGAUCUACUAAUUGUGGAGAGAAUGGCCCAGCGUCUCAGCAAGGAUGUGCUUGGUGCAGACAAUGACAACAUUUUAUUAAAGAGCAAAACCUUUGGUAAAAUUCGUCACAAGAAGUACCUCCAUAGUUGUGUCCUCCAAAAAAUCAUUGAGUUCUUUGAGAAUGUCUUAUCCAGUGUCCAGUAUAUACAAAACGACCAUCUUGACCUGAUAUCCACUUUGGACAGAGUGAGAAAUUGCACAUAUAAAGUGAAGAGAUGUGCCAGGUUGUAUCAGGAGGCUAACCAGCAAGUAGAUUUUGAGAUUGCAGAAGCAGAUAUGAGUGCACAGGAGGUGGCCAUCUUUCAGCUGCAAAAACUUAAACAUGCCAAUCAAAAUUUAAAUGACACAACCAUUCGAGCGACAGCCAUGGAUGAACUGAAAGCUCUUCAUCACUACAUCCCUGGAAGUGCCUUCCGAAAAACUAAUAGCUGAGUAACAUCCCAGUAGGCUCCAGUAUACCCACAGCUUAUGUUUGAUGCAAUACUUAGCCAGGACUAAAAAUCUGUAAUGACUUAGUUCAAUACAAAUAUAUAUUUUAUAGAUUUUUAUGUUUGAAAUUAUAUUUUUACUUUGUGUCAUGCAAAUUUCUGCAACAUUCUGGUUAAGAAUAGAUUAUCAUCUAUUCCUGCUUUUAAGCAACUUUUUUUAUUAUAAUAAAAUAUUUUAUAAAAUUG